CCUCUAUAUAAACAAACUCAUCACAUAAUCUCUAAGCGCAAAACAGAAGCUCCAACAUUUCCCAUUCCCAUUCCCAUUUUACCCCUCAACGCGUCUUAAUUUUCCGAUGGCGGCAACGCUUAGUUUCGCCGCUCUCUCCGCCGUCCGUCCCCUCGGAUUCACCGAUGAAUGUUCCACCUCCGCCAGAUUCAUCCAGAAACCGAGUUCAACUUUCUCAAACCGCCGCAGGGUUUCAAUCCGAGCCGUAGCCGCUAUAGUCGAGACACGGCGGCCAGCGAAGAGUCUGUACGAAAUUCUCCGACUUAAGCCAGGAGCAUCACCUACAGACAUCAAAUCGGCUUACCGAAGUCUAGCGAAGGUUUAUCAUCCCGACACGGCGGUGCAACGAUUGCCGGAAUCUGACGACGUAGACUUCAUCGAGAUCCGCAACGCUUAUGAGACGCUUUAUGAUCCGUCGACAAGAGCGAUUUACGAUAUGUCGCUGAUGGCAGUACACGGCGGAAGGAGCCGACAGUUUUCGGCUCCGGUGAUACAGAAACGGUAUUCUGGAUAUUAUAUGAAGAGAAGAUGGGAAACGGACCAAUGCUGGUAGAAAGCGUGUAACUUGUUCCGUAAAAUUAGAAAGAGAGAGUGAUGAGAUUUGAAAUUACUAACUUUUUUUUACCUUUCUCAAUGAAAAUUACUAACUUUAGCUGGAGCAGAAUGUGAGAACGUGUAAAUCUUUUCUUUCUCAAAUUUUAUCUACUAUUUUUUUUCCUGCAAUUUUAGAAAUAGAAGAAUAAAGCACCAUGCCCUUGGAGGGUAGUUGGACUUAAUAAUA